AUGGCGCCUCUAGAUGAAUACAAGUCUCACACCGAAGUCGAGCAUGACAAUGCUCCGAUGGACGAGAAGGCCGCUCAUGGCGGUGUCAAGGAGGUCAACGCCGCCUCCGUUGCCCUGGCCGCGGCCAUCGCCGAGAGGAAGCCUAACAUCUGGUCUCCCAACAUGCUCCGCCUGUACUUCAUCAUGGCCGUCGGAUACCUCGUCUCGACCAUGAACGGUUUCGACAGUUCCUUGAUGGGUGCCAUCAACGCCAUGCCCCACUACCAAAAGACGUUUGGUCUCUCCGGUGCCGGAUCUACCACGGGUAUCGUCUUCAUGAUCUACAACGUCGGCCAGAUCUGCAGUUUCCCCUUCUGUGGUUGGCUCGCUGACGGCUACGGCCGUCGCGUGUGCAUCGCUGUCGGUUGCUUCAUCGUCCUCAUCGGUACCGCUAUCCAGACACCCGCAAACAGCCUCGGCCAAUUCGUUGCCGGAAGAUUCGUCCUUGGUUUCGGUGCUUCUCUUGCCUCCGCCGCUGGUCCCGCUUACACCGUCGAGCUUGCGCACCCCGCGUACCGUGGCUUCAUGGCCGGCAUGUACAACAACUUCUGGUGGCUUGGAAACAUCUUGGCCGGCUGGACCACUUACGGAUCCAACCUUCACGUUCAGAACUCUUGGGCGUGGCGUAUUCCCACCGUUGUCCAGGCCGGUAUGCCUGGUGUCGCCAUGCUUUUCAUCAUGUUCUUCCCCGAGUCGCCCCGUUGGCUCAUCUCCCACGACCGUGCCGAGGAGGCCCUCGCCAUCCUGGCCAAGUACCACGGUGACGGUGACGUCAACUCGCCCAUCGUCCAGCUCCAGUACCACGAGAUCGUCGAGGACAACCGCCUGACCAAGAACGAGAACCCCUGGUGGGACAUGCGCGAGCUCGGAAACACCCGCGCUGCCCGUUAUCGUCUUUUCAUGGUCGUCGCCAUGGCUUUCAUCGGCCAGUGGUCCGGAAACAACGUCGUCAGCUACUUCAUGCCCGAGAUGUUCAAGCAGGCAGGUAUCAAGGACGACAAGACCCAGCUGCUCCUCAACGCCAUCAACCCCAUCUUCUCCAUGAUCGGCGCCAUCUACGGCGCCUCGCUUCUCGACAAGCUCGGCCGUCGCUUCAUGAUGAUUGCCGGUCUCCUCGGCUCUCUUGCUGCGUACUGCAUGCUCACGGGCUUCACUGCGGGCUCUGAGACCAACAAGAACUUGUCCUACGGUGUCAUCGUGUCCAUCUACGUCUUCGGUAUCUGCUUCGCCUGGGGUUUCACGCCCCUGCAGACCCUCUACUCCGUCGAGUGCCUCGAGAACCGCACCCGUGCCAAGGGUUCCGCCGCGUCCUUCAUGUUCCUCAACGUCGCCAUCAUGAUCAACACCUACGGUAUCUCCGUGGCCAUGGAGAAGAUUGGCUGGAAGCUGUACCUUGUGUACAUUGGCUGGAUUUGCAUUGAGCUUGCCAUCAUCUACUUCUUCUUCGUCGAGACCGCUGGCAAGACUCUUGAGGAGCUCAAGUACAUCUUCGAGGCGAAGAACCCCAGGAAAGAGUCGACCAAGAAGACAAAGGUCUCCGUCGACGAGGCCGGAAACGUCGUUGGCGUUGGCGAGACCACAUCGGGCAUCUAA